AUGUCGCGGAGCUCAGAAGGCGGGCGACCCGGCAGGUCCCCGCUGCCCCGCGGGCCCAGCCGCGGGUCCGCCGCCGCCCCGCUGCCGCCGCCCCCGCUGCCACUGCAGCCCCCCUUCGGCCCCGGCAGGGCCAGCCCGGGCCCUAGCGGGCCGGCAGAGCUCAAGCCGGUUCGGCGGUUCAUUCCGGACUCGUGGAAGAACUUCUUCAAAGGGAGACGCCACCUCGGCUCCAGCUGGGAAAGUACGGCCUCCGACAUCAGGUACAUAUCGGACGGGAUCGAGUGCUCGCCGCCUGCCUCUCCCGCCCCCCUGCAACCGGGGACCAGGACAGUGCCUGGCUCCUACACCGACCCAUUCGGGGGGUCGGGCGGGAGCUACAACUCUCGGAAGGAGGCCGAAGCCAUGCUGCCCUCCGAAGAGCCCUCGGGCUCGCUGGAGCGCCGCGGCGGCACUGGGCAGACUUACAGCGAGCGAGUGGAGGAGUACCACCUGAGGUACGCCUACAUGAAGUCCUGGGCAGGGCUGCUCAGGAUCCUCGGCGUGGCCGAGCUGCUGCUUGGCGCCGCCGUGUUCGCCUGUGUCACCGCCUACGUACACAAGGACAACGAGUGGUACAACAUGUUCGGGUACUCGCAGCCCUACGGAUACGGGGCGGGCAGCGCCUACGGAGGAUACUCCUACAGCGGGCCCAAAACGCCUUUCAUCCUGGUGGUGGCGGGAAUGGCGUGGAUUGUCACCAUAGUGCUGCUUGUGCUGGGCAUGUCCAUGUACUACCGAACUAUCCUCCUCGAUUCCAACUGGUGGCCUUUGACCGAGUUUGGGAUCAAUGUGGCCUUGUUCAUCCUGUACAUGUCGGCUGCCAUAGUAUAUGUAAACGAUACCAACCGAGGUGGGCUCUGCUAUUACCAGUUGUUUAAGACGCCGAUAAAUGCGGCUUUUUGCCGUGUGGAGGGCGGUCAGACUGCGGCGAUCAUCUUCUUGUUUGUCACGGUGAUCCUCUAUCUAAUUAGUGCGGUGGUUUGCCUAAAGUUGUGGAGGCACGAAGGGGCCAGGAGACACAGGGAAUUAAUGGAACAGGAGAUGAAAACGCAAUCCUCUUUUCCAGAAAAGAAGUAUGAAGGUGAUGACAGACCAAGGGAAGAAGUCAGUUACAGGCAACUCAAAUCACUGGAAAGAAAACCAGAGCUACUUAAUGGUCAUAUACCUGCAGGCCACAUUCCUAAACCUAUAGUGAUGCCAGACUACUUAGCGAAAUACCCUGUAAUUCAAACUAAUGAAAUGAGAGACCGGUACAAAGCAGUAUUCAAUGAUCAGUUUGCUGAGUAUAAAGAACUGUCUAUGGAAGUUAAUGCUGUAUUAAGAAAGUUUGAUGAGCUGGAUGCAUUGCUGAAACAGCUUCCACACCAUCCUGAAAGCAUAUAUGAACAGGAAAGAAUAUUAAAAGUUCUGCAGGAAUACAAGAAGAAGAAAAACGAUCCUGCAUUUCUGGAGAAAAAGGAGCGUUGUGAAUAUCUGAAGAAUAAGCUUUCUCACAUAAAACAACGAAUUCAGGACUAUGAUAAAGUUAUGAAUUGGAAUGUAGAAACCUAGUAAUGACUGCACUUCAUGGAUACUAUUUUCUGGUUUUAAAAUUGAUGUGUGUAUUUUAAGCUAUUUAUUUACUCUUUAAACAGUACACUUAUGGGGAUUACUUAAUCACUGUCAUAUGUUUGGAUGUUGUACAUUACUGAUAGUUUUGUAUGCAGAUCCAAUUGUAAUUGAAGUUAUGACAUAAGUUAGAAAACUGCUGCUAACAUUAUGCUUUCAUUAGUGCAAAUCCUGGCCUCUUAAAUAUGAAUACCUUAUUUGAAAAUACUUCAUUUGCAAACUUGCAAACCCGACCAGAGAAAGCAGUUUCCAUAUACCUUGUGGAAACUUUGCAUAGAAAUGCUGUUAACAAUUUUGGAUUUUAUUUAUAUGUGACGUCUUAAUAAUAUCAGAAGAGCUGAGCUGAUCUUUCUGUGUGGGGUCUGAUGCAUUGUCUGAUUCUGUUGAAUAUUUUGGGCAAUUCAGAAGCUAGUUUAAUACGAAUUUUUGCAUUGUAUUUCCAAAUGCUGUCAAUUAUACCAGAAAUCAUCUUGAAUUUUGCCUAACAAGUGAGGAAAAAUAGCUUCUUAUUUAACCAGCUGGGGGAGAGGGACUUGGGUUUGGUUUUUAUAUUGCCCUCUUCAGAGAUGACGCAACAAAUCUAUACUUGGCCUUAAAGGUACAGGACGAGGCAUAUUUAAUGUCUCAUUAGUGUUGCUAUAGGUCAGUGUGCUCUGCCUGCCUUCUGGAUCAUGCUGUUUGGGGUAAAUGUGUUUAAGGGCUUCACUCUUUAUCAGCAAGUAACAGGACUUCUUGUCUGUACAGCAGCUGCUAAUGAACUUGGCAUUCAGAGAGCGAGUACAGCAGAAUGAAUUCUCAUUCAAAGUAUAAAUUGUUAGUAUCUUCUUUAAGGCCAGAUAAAAUGUAUUAAAAGACAUACUUUCCAGAGCAUAUUUGCAUAAAUUUUAUAUAUAUUUUUAUAUUUUCUUGGGGAUAUUAUGCUGGCGAUAGGUUUGUAUGUGCAAGUAUUUUCAUAAGCCAGUAAAUUUUCUCUUUGCAUCCUUUUUCAUAUCUUUAUUUACUUUAACUUUUUUACUUACUAUAAUUGUUAGAAGCAUUGAUAGUUUUUGUACAGUUUUCUACAACUGCAAUUUGUCUGUUCUGAAAUAUGUUUUUUAAUAUUAAAAAAACCCCACCAGUGUAGCCAUAUUACUCUAUUGCUUAUAAAGAUAUUUUGUUUGAAAAAAGGUGCUCUGAUUACAGUUACUGCAAAUUUUUGUUAGUGAUUUGGUUUUUUUCUUUGAAAGUUUUAACUUCUGCCUUAAUUUUAAAGAACAACAUCAGGAAAGCCAUUUCCAGUUUAGUGUGGUCAUGGUAGUACUACCUCUGCUCUUCACUGCUGGAAAUGUAUUAACAUACCUCACUCUGACCAUUGUAGCCCUGCUGGUUUUUCAACCCUUAUCAUUGAUGCUGCAAUCCUGAUGGCCAUGCACCCACCUUCAUACUUGUAAAAUUGACAUUCAAAUUUUAUCAGCCAUUUAAUUCCAAGAGCUUUAGUGGAUGAAGUAAAUAGCACAAGAUGCCAUGAGAACACUCAAAGAAUUUGAAAAUUUGGCACCUCUUAAUUUCAAAGCUUUCAGUCUCGUCUACUGGAAGGUGCCCUCAGUAUUUUCAUCAUUCUGAGAACAGGUGACAGCCAGUGCAAUGCCUUUGUUCUCUCUCUUCAGUGCCUUUCUCUCUGGUUCUGGUUUGUAUUCAUUUCAAAGGAAAAACCUCUCUUCCUUAUAAAGGAGAUGGGCCAAUUUUUUAUACUUGUUGUGCUGAAUACCUGUUAAACUGUUCUUUGUAAGAGAAGUACUUGUCUAAAUCUCCACAAUCUAAAUAAAUUACCUGUCACACCCCGGUAUUCUUGUUUUUUUCUCAGUGAGAGUUCUGGGCUUGCAUCAAUAACAGGAGAAGAUUAGCACAGGUUUGAGGAUCAACUGGUGCUCCUAAAGUUCUAACAAUAACAUAACUGAUGUUUUCUUUGGAAGAUUCACAGUCUGCACACUUAAUAGGUCUUCUUUCUGUAGCACCAAGCUUCUUUUGACAGUGGUGUGAGUUUUAGUCUUUGAGAAACUGGCUCCUGGUCUCUCAGAUAGUGUCUGCAUAGCCUGUGGAGAACCAUCGUUCUACUUCUUUCCUACAAAGUUUCCAACAAAUGGAUUGGGAAAAGGUAAUAGCAUACCUGUGCCAGGAAUAAGGAGAUUAAGCAGCAACAUCUGUAUGUGGAUUCUCGUGUUUCCCAGUAAGAUGCCAUAGGUGUGGCUAAGUAGAUUUUCCAAAGGUUGGAAAGAGAAGCUGGGAGAGGUAUAUUCCCUUCUGCCUGCCUUUUGGAUUUCAAACAGAAUUGAUGGAGGGCACGACAGAAGCAAGCUACCAUCCUAAGGUACACAGGCCGUCCUAAGGCUGCAGCAACGUGUUGCAAUCAUUACAGUAAAUGACUUGCUCAGUCCUGUGUCUUGUUUCAGGGCUGCUGAGGCACCUCUGGUGGGUACAAUCUGUGCACUUGUUUUGCUCUAACCUACCAAUGGACAGCUGAAAACGGUCUUGUCUACAAUGCUACAGCCACGCUGGAGAAAAACUGUUACUCUAAGAUUAGUCUAACAUGUUCAUCUCUCAGAGAAAUUGAGAUGAACUAAAUUAGAAUUAAUGGCUGGAAGCUGAAGGAACUUUGAAGCAAGGCAGAAACUAGGAGGAAAGUGAUGGGAGAGUCCGUCAAUCUGAGUUACCGUAAGAACUAUCAAGGAAAGUGGCUUCUUGAUAUUAAAGAAUAGAAUGCAUACUCCAGACAAAACUGGAGUUUUGGAUUAUUAUCACCUCAAUCUCUCUGUGCAGUCCCUCUAGGCUCAGCUCUGAACCUACAUUUUUGCAUGUAUGUGUAAAUGAUGUGCUGUGUGGUCUUAUGCAUGUGUCUGGGUUUUUGCAGAAGGUAGUUAACAAAUUUAUCACCAAGGAAUACUGCCUUACAUCAGUGGGCUUGCUUUUAACUACAGCCUGUCCUCAAACCCUGAGUGUAUACAACAAGAAGUUUUAUCAUUCAGCCUUCCUCUUAGAAAACACUUACCUGGCUUCACAGAUCUACAAAUUGAGAUGCUCAAGACUCUUAGUGUUUCUACAAAUACCAUAGUUUCUAAACUGUAUUUGUGUUUCUUCGUCUUUGUAAGGAGUUGAUCAAGACAAAUGUGGCAAGAUUGGCAUACAUUUUACUAAACUGUACAUUUUUUCAGGCCACAUAAAGUAAUGACUAACAAACAUAACCAAAAUUUUGUCUUGCCUAACAGCCUGACCAGCUUUCAUGCCAGCACAGUGACUACAAAUGCUCAUGGCAAUGAAAAACCUAACUGCUUUGAAAUUGUAAGUGAAGGUGUCCAGUAUGUUAUUUAUGAAUUUCAAAAUCAUGGUGGGAUUUCAAACACUUGUACAAUAAAGUUUUACAAAAUUACUGUACAUCCUGUGUUCCAGUCCAGCACUGAGAUUCUUGGUCUUGAGAAUAAAAAAUACUCCUGUU